GAGGCGGCGGUUUCCCUAGCAACCAAAAAGUGUCAACAAACGUAACGGGAUAAAGUUAAAAAACAACAUGACAAAUUGCGACCAUGGUAGAGCAACGUAUACAGCCAUUGGUUUACAGUUUGUCCUGAUAAAAUGUAGUUUGUCGACUCUUGAGCAGUUUUAAAAACUCGUUUAGAGUUUAGUCACAUCUCAGUCGCAGUGAACCAAAACAAACUACGUCUCUGUGUUUUACCCAAAUGAGCGAGGUGUGUAUCCGGGUGGCGGUCCGUAUCCGUCCCUUGCUGCCCAAAGAAGUCCUCCACCACCACCAAGUGUGUGCGCGAGUGGUGCCAGGCUCCACGCAGGUGAUGCUCGGCUCGGACCGCGUCUUCUCUUUUGACCACGCGUUUGGACCGACGGCCAGCCAGGAUGAGGUGUACGAGUCCUGCGUCCAGCCCCUGGUGGAGUCCCUCAUCGACGGCUACAAUGCAACCGUUUUUUGUUAUGGACAAACGGGGUCAGGCAAGACGUAUACACUGGGAGGCGGGAACCAAGAUGAAGAGGGAGGAAUUAUUGAUCGUGUGGCCCACGAUGUGUUCAUGUUACUGGGAGACAAAAUGAAGAACAAUGACAGUAUGGAGACCAUGGUGCGGGUCUCCUACGUGGAAGUGUACAAGGAGGAACUACGCGACCUAUUGGAGCUCCACACCAUCCACAAAGAGCUUCAUAUUAGAGAGGAUGAGAGGGGAAACACGGUGGUGGUGGGAGCCAAAGAGAUGGCUGUCACCUCAGCAGAGGAGCUGCUCAGUGUUCUAGAGAUUGGCAAUGCUCUGCGCCACACUGCUGCUACAGGAAUGAAUGAGCACUCCAGUCGUUCGCACGCCAUUCUUACCCUUCAGGUCAACAUUUGUUGCCACAGUAACAGCAAUUCCUUCUCAAAAUCCUCAAAACUCUGUCUGGUUGACCUUGCUGGUUCUGAACGUGCAGGAAAAACUGCAGACACUGGGACACAACUCAAAGAGUGUGCUCAUAUCAACACAGGCCUUCUUGCACUCAGUAACGUUAUCCGUGCCCUCUCUGACAUUGCUCGAAAUCGUCAUGGUAACAGCUCAAGCAGAGUACAUGUACCAUACAGAGAUGCCAAGAUCACCCGCCUCCUUCGUGAGUCACUGGGAGGCACUGCCCAUACGCUAAUGGUGGCAUGUGUAAGCCCCUCCCACCACUUUGUUGCUGAAACUCUAAAUGUCCUCCGGUUUGCUUCCAAGGCUCGUCAAAUUCGCAACAGUCCAGGAAGAGUAUCUGUCCAAACAGAUGUGAAAUCAUGCCUCACGACCUGGCAUCCCAGUGAGGCUCGACUUGGGGAACUGGAAUAUGAAGUACAGACAUUAAGAGAGCUCCUGAAAGACAGGAUGAAGGACAUGGAGAUGGAAAGGGAGAAGACAGGGGGGAGCGAUAGAGAAGGGGAACACCUCAAACAGUCCAGUCAGGUCAGGAUAUUUGAACCAGAUCAGAAGGUUAGCCAACAGGAAGUGUGGCAGUACUGCGUCUUGGUGCAGGAAGCUGCAGCUCUCCUUGCAGAUAUCUCUGGCCCGUCUCCAAGUCUUUCUUUCAAGCAGCAACUGGAAGACUGGCAGGAGAGACUGGAAGCUGUCAGUCAGUCUCAUCAAACUGAUGACAUAGGCUGUUCAGAGGGUCAUAGAGACCAACCUUUGAAACUUAGAGAGGAGCUGUACAAAUGCCAGGAGACUCUUCGCAUAAAAGAACAGUUAUUGGAGCAGAAAGAUGCUGAACUGAGACAGGUCCAAGCAGAAGUUGAGAAACUUCUUCAGGAAAGGAGAACCCACCUUACAGCCCUAGAGGAAGAAAAGAAGCAUACUCAAAUACAGACAGAGCAACUGGUGAACCAGCAGAUUUUGAUUGACCGUCUUCGCAGCAACUUCAUAAGCUUUCGUGAGACAACCUCAAGGGCAACUGCAGAAGCAGAGGCUUCAGGGGACUUUGGUAAAAGACCCCACAGUGUCCCCCUGAUAGCAAACAGCUGUGUUCGAAGGCCUACCAGAAAGAUUCACUCCAGUCCACCAAUGUAUUCACUGGAGAGGAUAAUGGCAGCUUUUAAGCUGCGUGGCCAUCUCUUGCUGGCUGAGAUUGAAGAAAAUGAUGAUGUUUACUGUCCUUUCACUAAACAAGAGGCAGAGAGCAAAGACAGGGGUCAAGAGAAUAAAGAGGAGAUGAACAGUUUCAUGGACAGAACGGGAUUGAGGUCAUCUUUGAACCGAACUUGGACCUGCCGACAAAGGAAGUUGGCUUUUAAAGAGCAAAGCAGUGGAUUGAAUGACACAUGCAACGGAAACCCAAUAGUACAACAGCCUCAGCAGACCACAGACGCCAUGGAAAGCCAACACAAGCUAAAUCAAAUGAGGAAGGCGAGAAGAGCAAGUGCUACCGAGAGAAGGAUUCAUGGUCUGUCAGUUAACAUGCGCAUGAAAGAGGAGCUCAUCAAAGAACUUGACAAAACUGAAAAGGAAACUCACGCAGUGAACAGACACAGCAGGUGCAGCAGUGACAGUGGAGAAGCGGGUGUGUUGGUAAGACUUUCUAUGCAGAGCCAGCAGGUGCGAACAGAAGUUUACCACAGCCUGCAACACAUGAAACAGCAGAAAGUAGAGCUUCAGAACAGCCUCAGGCAGCAGAGAGAGACUGACGACAGCAACAAAAACCUGCAUCACAGUGGGGGGCAAAGUGCAGGGUAUUCAGCUGUGUGCAGAGAUUUUCUCCAAGAGGAGUCAAACACAGGGCUGCAUGCCAGUAGUUGGUUAGAGAAAGAGGAGGAGAAGGUUCUUCAGAAGAGAGCAGAGCUGCAGUGGCUGAAGGAAGAGCUGAAGAAGAGAGAGGAGCUGCUCCUGAGCAGGGAGGCCUACCUGCAACAGAAAAAUAAAUUAGAAAUCAAGAUGCUUCAUACCAGCCAGACUGUGAAUCAGGAGCUGCUGCAUGUGUCAAUGCAGUUGAAGUCUGUAGAGGAGAAGCUUCAGAACUUUAGGAAUGUGAGAGAGACUGGAGGAGUUACCAUAGAGGAAAUGGAGAAGAAGAGAGAUAUGCUUAAGAUGAGGAGAGACACUCUGAAUGUCCAGCUCAGGAACAAUAGAGCUCUUACUGAGGAGGAGGAGCAUUUCCUUCUCCAGCUGGAGGAAACUAUAGAAGCUCUAGAUGCAGCACUGGAAUUUAAAAACCACUCCAUCCAGGACAAGAAGAAGCAGUUUUUGGUCACAGAGACAUCUUUAGAUCAAUCACAAAGUACUGAGCCUGCCCAACUUUGUGAUGUUAUCAGAAGGCUGAAGGAGCUCCAACUACCGGAGGCUUUGGAGCUGCUUGUCAAAUAUUUCAACAAGGUUGUUUGUCUCCGAGAGGCAGAGCGCUGUUUACGUUUGCGGUGUGAAGAGCUGGAGCUUCAUGUUGAAGAGCAAGAGGCUGUGCUAAAAGAGAUGGAGGCCUCCAUCCAGCUCCUGGCCCUGUAUGCGGACCGCAGACUCACGCAGCAGCACAGAGACCACCAGAACGACAUUCAGCUACUACUACAGGAUAUCAAAGAGGAUGUUUCAGGAGAGACACAACAGGUAAAACAAGGUAGACUGCAGCAUCUGGAGAAGGAGCUGUUUUUCUACAAAAGCUCCACCCGCCAGCUCAAAAAGAAACUCAAAGAACUACUUAGUGAUGCCAUACACCCCGACAAUCAGCCCUCAAAAACCCAGGAGCAGAGACAAAUGCACAAUGUGCAGAUGGAAGGAUGUGCAAAUGAUUCCCAACCUAAUUCUGUGGAUGCACCAACAAGGACACAUAUCACAACAACAUACACAAAAAUAUACUCUAAACAAACAGACACAAUGUCACACAGAGAUUCUCGUACAGACAGACUUUCACAUCAAACACAGUGUCCCUCUUUAUCCUCUGAGUAUCAAGUACAAAAAAAGACAAAAAUGUCUGGGUGCAAGCAGAUACUCACACAGGCUCACGGGAGUGGUGUAAGAGGUCAGUCAGGGGAGAGUUUAGAGAUGACACCUGUCCAACUGUGUCGUCGAGAGCUGAGACAGAUUUCUCUAGUUGACCUGCAGGUCUCUGGCUCUGCUACAAGGAGACUGCAGUCUGUUGAUACCACUACAGAGUCUGUGAUAGAGGACUCCAUAGAAGUCUCCAAAAACAAUGACAUGUAAUAUUGCAUCAUUUGAGGACCUAGCAAUUUGCUGUACAAAGAUACAGAAAUUGUCUUUCACUUAGUAAUGGCUACUGCCUUGGUGUCAACAAACUUAUCAGUAAGUAGUAUGGUGUAAAAAUGCUUGUGUAUUGUUUGGAGGAUUCUUAAGACUUUGUUCCGCUUUCGAGGUGUGAGAAAUGACCAAAAUUUAUUCUGAGUUUCAAAAACAUGUCUGUGUUUUGUUUUUUCUUUUCUUUAUUUCAGGACAGAUUAGAUUGAAACUUUCUAUUUAGUGUUAUCAGAACAUCUCCGCAGUUAUCACAAUAAAAUAUUGUACAGCACUACACUUGUUUGUUCCUCUACAUUAUUUGGGAGUUGUAACAAUAACGCUGUUAACUGAGAGGAAAAACUUUAAAACUAUACUACUAUUUCUAUGUCAUAAAUCAUUCUGACAAAUGUGUUGUGCACAAAACUUAUAAUCCUAUAUAUGUUGUCUUUAUACAGUAACAUCUGCAUCAAUUAAAUUUAUUCUGCCACUAUUUUUCUGCACUAUUUGCAAAAAAAAAAAAAAAAAGACAAAAAAUGUGUUUAGGUCUUCCUUGAACUAUUAGAUGUUGAUCAGUGUGUGAUGUGUUUAUUUAUUUAUUUAUUUGUAGUCAUUUUCAUUGUUACAUGCAUUCAAAAUUUGAUUAAAUAUAUCCAACUA